UAGCCAUCCAUAUGAAUUAAAAUUAUCAUUCAUAUUUCGGUAUUAUUUUUCAUUUAACAAACAGCUAUUUGUUUUGUUUUUUAAAAAGUGAGUUAAGUAUUGUACAAUGGCUGAUGUGUUGGAUAUUGAUAAUGCAGAAGAGUUUGAAGUCGAUGAUGAAGGAGAUCAAGGAAUUGCGCGACUUAAGGAAAAAGCAAAGAAGAGGAAAGGUCGUGGACAUGGGGCAGAGCUUGUUUCUACUAGAGACGAUGUUGGCCAUUAUGAGUCUAUGCACAUAGUGGAAGAUGAUAAUGAGCCUGGACCUCAAAGAUCUGUAGAAGGAUGGAUUUUAUUUAUUACGUCUGUUCACGAAGAGGCUCAAGAGGAUGAUAUUCAGGAUAAAUUUUCAGAAUUUGGUCAGAUAAAAAAUAUUCAUCUUAAUUUAGAUAGAAGAACAGGAUUUUUGAAGGGCUAUGCUCUUGUUGAAUAUGAAACAUUCAAAGAAGCACAAGCCGCUAAGGAUGCCUUGAAUGGCACAGAAAUUCUAGGUCAGCCAAUUGGAGUAGAUUGGUGCUUUGUUAAGGGUCCCAAAAAAUUAAAGAAACGAAGUGGUAGAAGAAGGUAGACAAAGAUUUUAAAAGUGUUUAAAUAACUGGACCAUUAUUUUAUUUUUUUUUUUUUCACUAUUUCCUUACGAUUGUAAACAUUUAUGUUACUUUAUAUGUGUAAGAUUGAUACUCAUUGUAACCGAAUUUCAUAAUUAAAUUUAAUUUAAUAAGCUCCA